GGUCUUUGCAGAUAGAUUUUAUCUGAAGUUAAAUAGCAGGCGUUCGCCGCUUACUCGCCAAUAAGUCAUUUUUAAUAGAGACAAAUCGCUCUGGACGCCCCGGAGCGCCGGUGCCGCCGUUCCUGCCCGCGCCCCCCGCCGAAGGCGAGCGGGCAGCCAGGGCAGCUCCCUCCUCCCGCUGGUGAGAGCUCUGCUUGUUCUGUAAAGUGGAUGUCAGGUGGAUCUAUGUUCUGGAAGGAACAAAGAGGCAGCGAAAGCAGCGCGGGGGAAGUUUGAGCGGCGAGGAUGCAGGCUGUGUACUGGUACGCGGUCCUUUUGCUGCAGCCCACUCUCUACCUGGUUACCUGUGCAAAUUUAACAAAUGGAGGAAAAACAGAACUUCUAAAAUCAGGAAGCUCCAAAUCCACACUAAAGCACAUAUGGACGGAAAGUAGCAAAGACUUGUCCAUCAGCCGAUUGCUGUCACAGACUUUUCGUGGGAAGGAAAAUGAUACAGAUUUGGACCUGCGAUAUGAUGCCCCAGAAACUUAUUCUGAGCAAGAUCUCUGGGACUGGCUGAGGAACUCCACAGAUCUGCAAGAGCCUCGGCCCAGAGCAAAGAGACGGCCCAUCGUCAAGACUGGGAAAUUUAAGAAAAUGUUUGGCUGGGGAGAUUUUCAUUCCAACAUCAAGACUGUGAAGCUAAAUCUGUUAAUAACAGGGAAAAUCGUUGACCAUGGCAAUGGGACGUUUAGUGUUUACUUCAGGCAUAACUCCACUGGUCAAGGGAAUGUAUCUGUGAGCCUAGUGCCCCCUACAAAAAUAGUGGAAUUUGACUUGGCACAACAGACAGUGAUUGAUGCCAAAGAUUCCAAGUCCUUUAACUGUCGAAUCGAGUAUGAAAAGGUUGACAAGGCUACCAAGAAUACACUCUGCAACUAUGACCCUUCAAAAACCUGUUAUCAGGAGCAGACCCAGAGCCACGUGUCAUGGCUCUGCUCCAAGCCCUUUAAAGUAAUCUGUAUUUACAUUUCAUUUUAUAGUACAGAUUAUAAACUAGUACAGAAGGUGUGUCCUGAUUACAACUACCACAGUGACACACCCUACUUCCCUUCAGGGUGAGGACCAACUUGUGUCUGAGACUGAAGCCUGGGGAAUAAAAGAGUUCGAAUGACAGGGCUGUAACCUCAAGGAGGAAGGCCACAUUUAUUGCCUGGAAUGUGUCUACCUGCUGCUGAUGAUGUCAAAUGGCUGCAAAUAUGUAGUGGAAAACAAUCUAAUGUUAUUUUUGUCCAGUCAGCUCCAUGUAUCAAUCUAGGUGUGAAUCACUAUGGAUUUGAAAUAAACCCAUACACAUACACAGAGACACACACACACAUACUUUUCAGCGCACAUUAUUGAGAUUCCUGUUAAGAAAUCUUUCAUUGUCUGAUAUCUAAGGAUUCAGCAUAACCUAUCAUCAAGCAAAAUGGAUUAACUAGACAGUACAAGGUUUCUUACGCAGACUGUUAUGGAAAUCUCCGUGAAAGUCCUUUGAGUACAUGCCAAUCAAUAAUCCCCACUCACGCAUUCUACUGCUUGGAGUAGCUGUACUGGUAAAUAAUACUGUAGGAAUAAAUACUUGUUAAAAUGGGAAAAAAAGUGUGUUUAGAGUUCAGUAUUCUGUAUUAUAUGAACACAGCAAAGUGUCAUGACUUUUCCCAGCACACAGUAGGCACAUUCAAGGUGGUGUUGGUGGCUCUUUUUCCAUGGAGCAAGCCUGUUUCUAGUAAAGAUGGGCAAACAUUUGGAAUUUACAUGUGAGCAGACAUUCUGGUUUAAUGUUUCUCUGACUCUUUAAGCUCUGAUUCUUAAAACUUGUUUGAGUUUAGGCCAGCUAAACUACUUAGAAACUGGAAUUGAUCUCUAAGAAGGAAAAUGCCUGGCGGAGAACAUGUAAGUUAUAAGUGGCUGUCUUAUCUUUAUUACAAAAUAUUGUAACAAAUUCAAUAUCCUAGUCUUCAUUUGUAUGAAUGGUUUGUAUUGUACAUAAUUUAACCAGUGUUAUUUGAGCUGCUUAUUAAUAUUAACUUGUAAUUGUCUCUCUGCUUGUUAUUGGUUAAAACAAUCAAGGAAAUGAGGAAUCCAUUUUAUCAAUGUAGCUGUAAACUCCAUUAAAAGACAGAACUAUGUACAAAGCAUUUACUCAGCUAAAGUAUUGUUGAAAGCUAUACAUAUACAACAUUACAGUCUGUCUGUAUUUAGAUAUUUUAUUUCCAGAGGAAAAAAAUGGACUGUACAUAAAAAUAAAAAAAUCUUAAAGUUGAGUUUCAA